AUGUCUUCCGCUUCGUCGUCCAAACUCUUUCAGCCCAUCAAAUUCGGCGAUGUUACUCUGCAACAUCGAGUUGUCAUGGCUCCUUUGACCCGUUUCAGGGCUAACGAGAGGCAUGCGCAUACUGAGCUCGGUGUCGAGUAUUACACUCAACGUGCCAGUGUCCCUGGAACUCUCAUCAUUACGGAGGCCACAUUUAUCUCCCCCCAGGCAGGAGGAUACGCUCAUGUUCCUGGGAUUUGGUCGGAAGAGCAGAUCGUUGCUUGGAAGAAGAUCACCGACGCGAUCCACGCCAAAGGCAGCUACGUUGUCAUGCAACUCUGGGCUCUCGGACGCGCCGCCGACCCCUCCCAACUCACCUCCGAGGAUCCCUCAUACACCUACCACUCGUCAUCCGACAUCCGUCUCGACGACCGGCCAGCAGACUCUCCCGCCCCUGUACCGCUCACCAUCCCCCAAAUCCAGCAAUUCAUCCAAUGGUACGCUACUGCCGCGUCCAACGCCGUGCACAAGGCCGGAUUCGAUGGCGUCGAGAUUCACGGCGCGCAUGGGUACCUGAUCGAUCAGUUCACCCAGGAUACCUGCAAUAAGAGGACGGAUGCGUAUGGUGGGAGUGUGGAGGGGAGGACGAGGUUCGGGUUGGAAGUCGUGGAUGCGGUUGUGGCCGCGGUCGGUGCGGAGAAGGUCGGGAUCAGGUUGAGUCCUUGGUCGCCUUGGCAGGGAAUGCGUAUGACCGACCCUGUUCCCACGUUCACCCAUCUCGUCCAAACCAUCAAGAAUAAGCACCCCAAGUUCGGCUACAUCCACGCCGUCGAACCACGUCUGGCAGGUAUCGCCGACCGUGAUCCCACGGCCGAAGAAUCGAACGACUUUCUUCGUAAGAUCUGGGGCGAAGGUCUUUACUUGGCCGCUGGUGGUUUCACUCGCGAAGACGCCAUCAACACUGCGGACACGAAGGGCGGCCUCGUCGUCUUUGGGAGGUACUUCAUCUCCAACCCCGACCUACCCCGCCGGAUCCGCGACAACAUCCCGUUCACGAAGUAUGACCGCAGCACUUUCUACGUCGACAAACCUACACCGAAGGGAUACACCGACUACGCAUUCGCUGAGGAGACGGCGGGUGAGAAGAAGGAUGCAGAUGCUAAGUAUCCCAUCGACGGGUCUGAGGCGAAAUACUCUGCAUGA